CAAUUAUAAUAGCAUUUAUUGAGCACUAACUGUGUGCUAGACACUGGCCAGGGACUUGUGUAUUACCUUAUCUAAUCCCUGCAGUAUCCCUAUGAGGCAGACACUGUGACUAUUGCUGUUUUAGAAGAGAGGAGACUUUGGAAGGGUUGAUGUGUCCAAGACCACGUGGCUAGUAAGUGGUGGAGCCAGUAUGAGAGCCUAGGCAUUGGCUAUCAGAGCCCAUGUUUUGAACCUUUGGGGAUUCCCUGGUGCUGGGGGAAUAGACUGGUGCCAGUGAAGCCACCGUGAGCAAGUUGCCCGGGUGCUCGCUGCAGGAUGGGGAAGCAGGAAGGCAGUGACUGGUAAGGCCUGCCCCCCAGCUCACAGUCAUCACUACUGCCCACAGCGUGCCAAGUUGGAGGCUGCCAUUGCCGAGGCCGAAGAACGUGGGGAGCUGGCCCUGAAGGAUGCACAUGCCAAGCAGGAGGAGCUGGAGGCUGCCCUGCAGCGAGCCAAGCAGGACAUGGCCCAGCAGCUGCGCGAGUACCAGGAGCUCAUGAACGUCAAGUUGGCCCUGGACAUCGAGAUCGCCACCUACCGCAAGCUGCUGGAGGGCGAGGAGAGCUGGCUGGCUGGAGAUGGAGUGGGAGCUGUGAACAUCUCUGUGGUGAACUCCACUGGUGGAGGUGGCAGCCGGGUGGCCUUUGGAGGAACCAUGGGCAGCAAUGCCCUGAGCUUCUCGAGCGGCGGGCCUGGGACCUUCAGGUCCUAUUCCAGCAGGACCUCAGCUGCCACCCACAGGAGCAUACGAAAAUGAGCCCCGGUGUGCGGAGACCCCCCCACCCCCCUGCCUCGGCAGUCACAGGAGGACUCCCAUCCUUGCUCCCGAGACUGCCUGGCAGUCUGAAAAAUGUCAGAAUAGCUUCCAAUAAAGCAGCCUUUCUGAAGCCUGGUA